GUAGAGCGGUAGAUUGAAGAGCAUUCUGGGAAGUGGAGUUCUAGUCCAUCAGAGAGCAGGAAACUGCAGGCAAUAGAGACGGUACUCCUGUAUGAGUUCACCUUCACAUUUAUAACUACCAUCAAAACAGCUAUUUAGCUUGUCCUCUGGAUUCCUAACAUCAUGAACGGGUCAGCAAUGUAUACUGCGCCUAUCGUGCUGGAUAUAAAGUUGAAAAGAGGACCACAAGGUCUGGGGUUUAACAUCGUGGGGGGUCUGGACCAGCAGUAUGUCCUGAAUGACAGUGGGAUUUAUGUGGCGAAAAUCAAACAGAAUGGAGCAGCAGCGCUGGAUGGAAGAUUACAAGAAGGAGACAAGAUAUUGGCGAUUAAUGGUCACAAGCUGGAGCACCUGUCACACAGUGCUGCGGUGGAUCUCUUCACGUCAGCGGGAGAGGACGUGCAGCUUCGCGUGCAGCAGAGGCCCACCAUGGCCAUGAAUGUUCCCCCCAGUUCCAGGCCUGACGGCGACUCUUCUGUCUCCUCCUUGGUAAUACUUGUGGCCGUCCUGGGAGCUGCUGCAGCCGUUACUGUCCUCUACAUGCGCUUCCAGCCACAACUGAGGAGGCAUUUUUAACACGCUAAUUUUCUCUUCCAAAGCUUGUUAUUUAUUUAUUUUGUUUUGUUUUUUUUGAGCAAAAGCUGAGACUGAACUUUGCUGAAGGCCAAACAAAAACAAGAAGAGGAAGAAACGAACUAGAAAAUAACAAGUAAGCCAUGUUUCCAAUUUAUAGUUGUUCAUGUGGUUAGAAUUAUAAUUAUGCAUCCCCCCCCCCCUUCCUCCUGUGUAUUUUGUUGUCUUGCCACAGGGAUAACAACCAUGACAUGACGAGCUAACCUUGUCGUUGUAUAACUAAGAAAGUAUGUAGGAUUCACAAUAAACAUGGCAUUCCUACUGCUGAGCGGAGCUGUGCUCCUCAGACAGAAGGACUUUGGUGGUUAAAAAGCGUGUUUAUUCCAAGUAUAUAAUUUUUUAUAUCCGUCAGGAGGAGAGGGAUUUAUUUGUAGAGUUUCUAGGCAGAGUUUGAGCCCCUGACUCAUUCUGACGGCUCAUUAGUUUCGUGUUCUCGCAGGGAGGUUUUUUUUGUUUUUGGAAAGGGCCAUGUUGUUUUCUGUCACUCAGAGGACCUUUUGUAACUGAAUGGCUGAUCUGUUUUGGGGGGAGCCUGGCUAUGAGAACUCACUCGCUGUAUAUUUUGAUUUAGCUCGUCUGUUUUAUACAGAUGCAUAUUAGCUAUGCGUUUUUGUUGUCAUGUUUAUGUUCUGACCCCCCUGUCGUAAAAACCGUCUCUAUAAUGUUGCAAAAAUACUUCCAGGUGCAGUAGCUGUAUAUGUUGGGAGGUGGUUCAAACUGGUCACAAUGACGAGGUCGAUGUUCAAUCAGUGAUGUGCUGUGAACAUAGUAGCCUGGUCCCAGAUCUGUUGUCUCCUCCUGUAGCCUGGCCCCAGAUCGGGUGGCUCCUCCUGUAGCCUGGCCCCAGACUGGGUGGCUCCUCCUGUAGCCUGGUCCCAGAUCUGUUUGGCUCCUCCUGUAGCCUGGUCCCAGACCGGGUGGCUCCUCCUGUAGCCUGGUCCCAGACCGGGUGGCUCCUCCUGUAGCCUGGUCCCAGACCGGGUGGCUCCUCCUGUAGCCUGGUCCCAGACCGGGUGGCUCCUCCUGUAGCCUGGUCCCAGACCGGGUGGCUCCUCCUGUAGCCUGGUCCCAGACCGGGUGGCUCCUCCUGUAGCCUGGUCCCAGACCGGGUGGCUCCUCCUGUAGCCUGGUCCCAGACCGGGUGGCUCCUCCUGUAGCCUGGUCCCAGACCGGGUGGCUCCUCCUGUAGCCUGGUCCCAGACCGGGUGGCUCCUCCUGUAGCCUGGUCCCAGACCGGGUGGCUCCUCCUGUAGCCUGGUCCCAGACCGGGUGGCUCCUCCUGUAGCCUGGCCCCAGACCGGGUGGCUCCUCCUGUAGCCUGGCCCCAGACCGGGUGGCUCCUCCUGUAGCCUGGCCCCAGACCGGGUGGCUCCUCCUGUAGCCUGGCCCCAGACCGGGUGGCUCCUCCUGUAGCCUGGCCCCAGACCGGGUGGCUCCUCCUGUAGCCUGGCCCCAGACCGGGUGGCUCCUCCUGUAGCCUGGCCCCAGAUCUGUUUGUCUCCUCCUGUAGCCUGGCCCCAGACCGGGUGGCUCCUCCUGUAGCCUGGCCCCAGACCGGGUGGCUCCUCCUAGAGCUGGCCCCAGACCGGGUGGCUCCUCCUGUAGCCUGGCCCCAGAUCUGUUGACAGUUUGGCGUGACAAGGGGUCAGCAUGAUAGUACAAAUCGACGGGCACUGAGGUUGAUGUAAACCAGACAUCUCUGGUUUACCUCCCACGUGUUAUGUGUCUGAAAGAGAGAUGGGUAUUUUAAAUGCUUCCGGGUUCACAUUGAGACUUGGGUUUAUUGUUAAGGCAUUUUCUGUUAAUCUAAUCCAGAUGUGUGCAUCACGUGAAACAGUAACGGCCGUAGGCUACAUGUUUUACGGAAAGGGAAAUAUGUCGCUUAAUCUAUUGUUUUCGUUUGUUUGCAAAGGAAAACUAAAUAUUGUGACUUUGAAAGGAAUGACGAAAGGUCAAAGAACUCCAUGGGAAGCCAUUCUGUUGAUCCAGUCCUCUGAUAACGGCCUGAGGCUGCCACCUAGUGAACGUUUAGCAUUCCUGCAGCUCAUCCAAUCACUGUAAUAGACGCUGGACUAACUAGGUGUCAUAGGGUGUGCAGCAGGCCCUGUGUUGUCCUAAAUGGCGCAAUAUUCCCUAUCUAGUGCAGCUGGAGCGCGGGGGAGCGCGCUCUUUUCAAUUUGAGAAUACACAUAGCUGGUAAAAAUAUUUCUGUACAGUUACAUCUGAUAAAUAUUUGAAAUUUAAUCACCGCAGAAAUGUCAUGAAAAACCAAAUAAAUAUGUAUAUCAGCCUAAAGGUAACAAGCUCGCUUUAGUGCGGUGCCGAACUGCGGCAACUAGUGUCAAAAAUAGGGCGGGUAUUGAGAACGGGCUAGGUGGCGCGUUCUUUCCUGGUCCAACACGCUCUGCGCUCACUGCGCGCGGGCCCAGAUCAGGACAGUAGUCUGGUAGGCUUGCGUCACCUGGACAGCGAUAAUAUAGCUGUACUGCCAAUGCUGUGUGUGUGUUUUUUGUUUUUGAUGACGUUAGGGCACCUAUUAAAUUCAUGUUGAAUUUGCGUGCACCAGCAUGAGUCAUUGUAAUGUAAAUUUUAGACUGUUCGUGUAUCACCUUGGACUGGAGUCAGGACACCGAACUGGGCCUCAGCCAGACACUGGCUGUCCCAUCACUUGAGUACAGCAUAUCACCUCUCCAAACUGAUUGUUUCAAAUGUCAUUAAUGAUUAUUGGUAUAACAAAUUAAUUGCUAUGGAGUUUUGACCUAGUUAUCUCUACACUUUGUCCAUGAAACAAGAAUCAAGCUAGUAUGAUGAUAAAAUAAAAGCUGACCUCUCUAUGUUUAUUCUGCUUCUAUGUGUCCACCAGUUUGGUGUAGUAAAGUUCCACUUUUGAUCGACUUAAAACGUUUUGCCACGAAUUGUAUUGAAUUGGGUCAGUGAACUUUGUGGAGCAGAAUAAAUUGUGUUGCCCUAUUCUCACUUGACUUGACACUAAAAACGUUAGGAAACUAGAAUGGAACAUUGGACUUGUCAUGUGGUGUAAUGAUUUUUAUGGGAAUAUAAGAUGAAAGAUCGAAUAAAAGUGUAACAAGUUUGCACUAGAUAUUUUCUAGACAAGGAGGCUGAAUUGGUAGCUAAGUUGAGUUAACCUGAGAGACAGUGUCUGUCCUGUGCUAUCUUGUCGUCUUGACAACGAGCAAUGGGAUGCCAUCAAGUAAGAAGUAUUGUAUUUACUGUGGGCACUGACAGAACACUUGUACAGUGUUGUAGAAUGGUAUUAUAUGGAGUCAUAGGGGUGACACUAGCCAUUACUAAUCUAGUCUGUUUUGUGUCCCAAAUGGCACCCUUAUGUAGUGCCUACAUAAGCCUCUGAUCAAAAGUAGUGCAGUGUAUAUAGGGUGCCAUUUCAGACAAUACUAUGUAUUUGUUUUAAGUUAAAGCACAUUAGGUGUCUGAAAUAACUCACUUUAUCUUCCCUUUUUAUUAUCAAUUUUCUGUAAGAUACCUACUGAAUGCCGCACAUUCAAGUUCACAAUUCAUGUAUGUUUUUUGCCCUAUAUUGUUGUUAGCCAGUACUAUAUUUUUGGAUUAUCAAUGUUAUGCAUUGUCAUUGUAUACUUUUUUUGCCUUUAAAAUAAAGCAGUAUUUAGUUUUCAAAUUGAAUAAAACAAUCAAAUAAAGAAUCAUUUAUGGUCA